AUGUGGAUCUACGAGCCAAGAUUGCAGUACAUCAAAAACGACCAUGAAAUUUCAUGUCCCUAUUUACCAGCACUUCAAGCUCGAUUCACCAUCGCCGUGAUUUUCUUCUUCAGCUGCAUUUUGUUUGGAAUGCGUUUCAUGUGCAAGCCAUUUUUAUGUCCAUCCAUGCUUGUCAUCCUCUCCUGUUUCGGCGUCGUGCACGCUUUUUUCAUGAUGGGAUCCUGCUCAACAUUUGCAUCGUUUGGCUUCGUUGUUGGAAACGUCAUUUGGUCAGCGAUUUUCAUAACUUUGUGGCUUCUUUUCUACAAAUACUACGUGAGAUAUUACAAAAAGAUUGGUGAGAAUUUUUACGGCUGGAAAGCUUGCGUUUACAUCCAGGCUGGGCUUAUAUUUGUAAAUGCGGCAGUGGCAGUAAUCUGGCAAAUUCCAAACCAUUCAGAAAUAGCGACUUCCUCGCUUACCUGCAAUGUCGCUGGUUUUCAGCAGCUUAAAAUCUACUUUCAAAAUAUGGACACCCACGAACGCGCAGAAACCAUCAUCGACCUGUCCUGA